ACAUGCGCACUGCGCCCGCAGCCCUGGACCAUUUGUCAGGACUACUCGUGAGACGGAGAAAAAAAAAAGAGAAAAUUUGGGGUGCUAGAUUCUUAAAAGAAGUCUUUGGGGUGCACAGCAGUUGUGAAGAUCACCAGGCAAUUCUGUGUUUCUUCACCACCACAAGGUUAAAAAAUAAAUCAUGACUGAGUCUGCCUCUAGCACAAGUGGUCAAGAGUUUGAUGUAUUCAGUGUUAUGGACUGGAAAGAUGGAGUGGGCACCUUACCAGGAAGUGACUUAAAGUUUCGGGUAAAUGAGUUUGGAGCCUUGGAAGUUAUUACAGAUGAAAGUGAAAUGGAAAAUGUUAAAAAAGCAACUGCUACCACCACUUGGAUGGUACCAACUGCUCAAGAAGCCCCGACCUCUCCCCCGAGCUCCAGGCCCGUAUUUCCACCUGCCUACUGGACAUCUCCACCUGGAUGUCCCACAGUCUUUUCAGAGAAGACUGGGGUGCCUUUCAGGCUGAAGGAUCCACUGAAAGUAGAAGGGCUUCAAUUCUGUGAGAACUGUUGUCAGUAUGGCAAUGUAGAUGAGUGUCUUUCUGGAGGAAACUAUUGCAGCCAGAAUUGUGCUCGGCAUGUCAAAGACAAAGACCAGAAGGAAGAAAGGGAUGUAGGAGAAGACAACGAGGAAGAGGAUCCUAAGUGUAGUCGGAAGAAAAAACCAAAAUUAUCUCUGAAGGCCGACCCCAAGGAGGAUGGAGAUGAGAGAGAUGAUGAAAUGGAGAACAAACAAGAUGGAAGGAUCCUGAGGGGUUCACAGAGGGCCCGAAGGAAAAGACGAGGGGACUCCGCUGUCUUAAAGCAGGGUUUGCCUCCUAAAGGCAAGAAAGCUUGGUGCUGGGCAUCCUAUCUGGAGGAGGAGAAAGCAGUGGCAGUGCCUGCAAAGCUGUUCAAGGAGUACCAGUCCUUCCCAUAUAACAAAAAUGGAUUCAAAGUUGGCAUGAAGUUGGAAGGUGUGGACCCUGAGCAUCAGUCCGUGUACUGCGUCCUGACUGUGGCUGAGGUUUGUGGAUACCGAAUAAAGCUUCACUUUGAUGGAUAUUCUGAUUGUUAUGACUUCUGGGUAAAUGCAGAUGCUCUGGAUAUUCAUCCAGUUGGGUGGUGUGAGAAAACUGGCCAUAAACUUCAUCCUCCAAAAGGAUACAAAGAGGAAGAAUUUAAUUGGCAGACCUAUCUUAAGACAUGUAAAGCCCAAGCUGCUCCUAAGUCAUUAUUUGAAAAUCAGAAUAUAACAGUGAUCCCAUCAGGCUUUCGAGUUGGAAUGAAGCUUGAGGCUGUAGACAAAAAGAAUCCUGCGUUCAUCUGUGUUGCUACGGUAACAGAUAUGGUGGACAAUCGUUUCCUGGUACAUUUUGACAACUGGGAUGAGAGCUAUGACUAUUGGUGUGAAGCAUCUAGUCCCCACAUUCAUCCCGUUGGUUGGUGUAAAGAACAUAGAAGGACCCUUAUUACUCCACCAGGAUAUCCAAAUGUGAAACAUUUUUCUUGGGAUAAAUAUUUAGAAGAAACAAAUUCUUUACCAGCUCCUGCAAGAGCUUUCAAAGUGAAACCUCCACAUGGAUUCCAGAAAAAAAUGAAGCUUGAGGUUGUAGACAAAAGAAACCCCAUGUUCAUUAGAGUAGCAACUGUCGCAGACACAGAUGAUCACCGAAUAAAAGUUCACUUUGAUGGCUGGAAUGGAUGCUAUGACUACUGGAUAGAUGCAGAUUCUCCUGACAUUCACCCUGUAGGCUGGUGUUCCAAAACUGGACAUCCUCUUCAGCCUCCCUUGAGCCCAUUAGAGUUAAUGGAAGCUUCAGAACAUGGUGGAUGCUCAACCCCAGGAUGUAAAGGGAUUGGCCAUUUUAAGAGAGCCAGACACCUGGGCCCUCACAGUGCUGCCAACUGUCCCUAUUCAGAAAUCAAUUUGAAUAAAGACCGCAUUUUCCCAGACCGCUUAAGUGGUGAGAUGCCUCCAGCUAGCCCAUCAUUUCCAAGAAAUAAAAGGACAGACACAAAUGAGAGCUCUUCAUCUCCUGAAAUCAGAGACCAGCAUGCUGAUGAUGUCAAAGAAGACUUUGAAGAGAGAACAGAAAGUGAAAUGAGGACAUCACAUGAAGCCAGAGGUGCCCGGGAGGAACCUACUGUACAGCAGGCACAGCGUAGGUCAGCUGUCUUUCUGUCCUUUAAGUCCCCAAUUCCAUGUCUGCCCUUGCGCUGGGAGCAGCAGAGCAAACUUCUUCCAACUGUUGCUGGAAUCCCUGCGAGUAAAGUUUCCAAAUGGAGCACUGAUGAGGUGUCAGAAUUCAUACAGAGCUUACCUGGGUGUGAAGAACAUGGAAAGGUGUUUAAAGAUGAACAAAUCGAUGGAGAAGCAUUUCUACUCAUGACUCAAACGGACAUUGUUAAAAUCAUGAGCAUUAAGCUGGGCCCUGCUCUCAAAAUUUUCAAUUCUAUUCUGAUGUUCAAAGCUGCAGAGAAGAAUUCUCACAAUGAACUUUGAAGAUGGUGGAUUCUGAGUACCAUCAGCUUUCUGCUUUAAAGCUCAUGUUUUAUUCAAAGCACAAGGACGGAUGUAACUCCUAAGCGAGAAGUCUCGAAAACUCAAAAGAGCAACACUAUCUGAUAUUUAUAUUCCUCAAGAGACAAUAUAUAUGAAUUCUUAGGAAAGUGCUUGAGCUUUUAACCAGGUACUGUCUAACAACAGUCAUCUUUUGGUUCUGUUCACUGAGCUAAAUUUAUCUUUGUAAAUCUUUUUGAGGCUGGGGGGUGGGGGAAAGGGAACCUCAUUAAUUAUUUAUGGUAAGGGGGGGCAGAGUAAGAACUUUGGCAUUUUGUAAACAUUGUUGAAUUCUCUUUCAUGUACACUUUUUCUUUUUCAGUACUUUCAGAAACCUUUUUAUAUAAUUGAAUUUCAACUUAUACCAAAUUAGUCAAAACCUGGCUGAGUCUAGCCAGUGGGACUGUUACCUGUAUUGUUCAUUUGUGCCAUAUUUUGAAUUGCAACAUGAUGCUAAGUAUAACUUUGCAAGUCAUGGUAUUGCCUAACUGCUUGCCAUCAUCUGUUGGGGCCGAAGAGUUGUAAAAAUUACUUUUCUUUAAAUCAGUGUUUUUACUUUUGCACGCAUUAUGUGAAAUCUUAAACAAAUUACUUUUCACCAGCAUCUUUACUAUAAUUACCAAAAACAUGUAUAUAAAAGAAUGGAAUUGAAAAAUAAAAUAUAUAAACAUAAAUAAAUUAGGUAGCAUAUCUGAGUGGCAUCAGUCUCAUACAUCGUGGUGCCUGUGUUGUUUACGAGAGUCAGAUGGUACCAGAGGAAUGUGUGGUUACAUUGCAGUGGGGGGCUGUUUGUAGGGCUCUUGAACUGUUUAUGAGAUUAUCUUGAGCUUUUCUCUAAUUGUCAUUGAAGUAGCUUUUCAGCAAUGAAAGGCUCAUUCUGUUGGUGGAAACACUAAUCCAUGAAGAGCUGUCUCCAGUCUUGAGGUGUCCUCCAAACCCAAAGACUUUCUUCAGGGUUGGCUGAAGAACAAGUGUCUAGGUUUUAUAUUGCGGGCCUGGAGUGAGGGAGCCGCACCCUCAGACACAAAUGUCUGUGCUCAUAGGUCAGGAAGGUGAAUCCCAAAGCAGUCAUUCAAGAACCUCCCUUGUGGAAGGAUUCCCCUUUCUGUAAAAUACUUUGUCUCACUAUCUGAGCAUUCGGAUGCACUUUAAACGAAAACCCUUGAUUAUCUAUAAACUGAUAGUUGGCAGUGUUUCUUUUGUAAGAAUGCAUUUCUAAGGGAAAAAGUAAAUUAUUUUGUCAGUCUUUCAAUGUACUUUUGAAUUCCAGGAUUAGACAUUUAUUCAAGGACUAUUUUAAAAAUAGAAAGUAAGUUUGUAGCAUGCUGUCUGAAUUCUGAUGAAAGUCCCACCCCUUUCCUUAGUUGCUCUCAUUUUUUUUUUUUUCCUGAUGUAGAACUUCCUUUAAUGUGCUCUGUUGGGAUCUGUUAGCAGUCCUUUGCAUUUGUCAUGAUUUAAGGUAAAAGAGGGUCAGUGACAUCUGCAGUGUCCCAUUCGUUUCUUUGCAUGAAACUGAUAAAUAAGUUUUCGUUGUUGGUUUUUCCCCCUUUUUUAUGUUCUGUUCAGAAUCUGUACAUUCAAGUUGCACUUGUUAUACCUGAUAUAAAUGAAAUAAAGUCUUAAUUACAGAUA